AAACCAAGGUUCCCUCGCUCGAUCCGACGCGGUUCAACCGAAGCUCCAGCCGAUCAUCCCGUCCCAUGGCCGCCCAAAAACAUCACCCGAGAUGUGCGAGGCAAUGAUUCCAUCCACUGCCUGCCUAACUGACUGACUGACUGCCGCGGCCGGGAACUCCACCACGGCCCCAACCGAUAACGCGCGAGUUAAUACGCGUAACGCGCCUACCCCGUGACCCGGAACGCUCCCGCGGCAUAAAGCGCCCGCCUUUCCCAUUCCCGUUCCCCCCCGUCGCAGCCACCUCCCCGCCCCACCUCCGCUCAGAUCUCGCCCCGCCCCCUGCUCGCCGCCGAGAUCGCCCAGGCUCGCGAUCCACUCUCGUCUCGGUUGGCGGCAUUGCUCUGACCUGGUCCAUCAAUCUCCUUGUCCUCACGCGUUGAGGGAGUGGAUUCCGUGCUGGAUUGGUCGGGGAUACGGCAGUGGCGCUGAUCGGGGCCUUGAUUGGUUGCUGGAUUGGGUGGUGGGGGCGCGGUGGAUGGGCUGCACGGGCUCCAGGCACGCGCUGCGGGGCGGCGUCCGGAAGUCCUUCGGGCGGAGCCGCUCCGGCCCGGCGGCCGCCGGGCCGGCGCACCACACCGUCGCGCUCAAGUCCUCCACGCUGGGGUCGCUCAGCCUCGACCGGGACGAGGACAUGAUGAAGUGGCGCGCCGACAGCUUCGGCGGCGCGGCCAAGGGUAAGGCCACCACGCCGGCGCCGCCCCCGCAGCCGCAGCUGGCGAGGCGGCAGCGGCAGGUGAUCGGCACGCCGACCAAGACGCCGGUCCGCGAGCCCGAGGUGAUCAAUGUGUGGGAGCUCAUGGAGGGCCUCGACGACAACAAGAACGAGGAGGGCGCCGAGGACGGGCGGCGGGAGCAGUCGCCGCCGGGGUCGCCGGAGUUCGAUCCGGAAGUCAUCUCGGCGUUCCGCAAGGCGCUCGGCGAGGCCUCGCCGCCGCAGGACUACCAGGGCGAUGGCCAGUGCGUCAAGAAGCGCGAAAUCCAGAGGUUCCCUGGCAUCGUGCGCGCGCGGGUCAGCGCGUUCCAGCAGAGGAUCGACGCCAAGCUCGCCAAGAUGGCUCGCUCGCCCACCCCCACGCCCGCGCCCGCGCCCACGUCCCCGCCUCCUUCUCCGCCUCCGCAGCCGCGGCUGCCUCCCCCGCCGGACAGCCACAAGAAGGUGGUGCUGUACCUCACCAGCCUCCGCGGCAUCCGCAAGACGUUCGAGGACUGCUGGGCCACCAAGUCCAUCCUCCAGGGCUACGGCGUGCGCAUCGACGAGCGCGACCUGUCGCUGCACGGCGGGUUCAAGGACGAGCUGCACGCCUCGCUGGGCUGCGCCGGCAGGCUGCCCCAGGUGUUCGUGGACGGCGAGCACCUGGGCGGGGCCGAGGACGUCCGCCGCCUGCACGAGGCCGGGGAGCUGUCCGGGGCGCUGGAGGCAUGCGAGAUGGCGCUACCGACAGUGGGAGGCAAGGGCGCCGGGCUGGAAGCGUGCUCCGGGUGCGGCGGCGUCCGGUUCGUGCCGUGCGAGGAGUGCUCCGGCAGCUGCAAGGUGUUCCUGGAGGAGCUGGACAGCUUCAGGCGGUGCCCCGACUGCAACGAGAACGGGCUCGUCCGGUGCCCGCUCUGCUGCUUGUGACGGCGAGAGAUUCCUAGUAGCGUGGUUUUGUUGGUUGCAGUUUCAGAUGAACGGCGGCGGCGGCGGCGGCGCGCCGGCGCAAUCUAAGUUCAGCUCAGAUGAUUUGUACAGAGAAGUACAUACACUUCUGUUACAUUAGGACUGAUCAAAUGACAAUGUGUACUGUAUUACUAGUAAUUGAUUUUGUCGAGCUUC